CAUCUUGCUUUUCUAUUUAGAAGGUACAGGAUGGCUGAACGGCCUCGAUAACGUUAGUCAAGACGUAGCCAGAGGCAUCAUGACAUGACAUGAAAAAUAGAUACAUCGCUAACGCCUACCAAAUCCUGGAUCGUGCACAUGGGAGCUCGGGUCUUCUCUCGUCAGACGUGGUGCUUGGUGAGCCUCGGCCGAGUCCGCGCAUGGUAGGGGACAUUCAGCUGAAGCGGACGUCCGCGAUCAAUAUUGCGCUCAUAGAACUGGCGAAGCGUUCGCCAGUUGUGCUCUUUCCUGGCGAUAAUUGUGGACCGAAUCCACCUCCCGUUUGCUUCCGGUCAGGCGCGGAGAACCCGGAUGUUUUCUUUACGACUGCGGUUUGGCUUGUCCCAAAUUUCGCUCGCUUUAUCUCCGAGAAAAAGACUGACUAUAAAACGGCCAGUAGCGCGACCAGCGGGACCGGAG